AUGUCGGCCGCAAGAGGCUUUAAAAUCUGCCUCGAGCAGGCCGUGCUAUCAACCCUUCGCUAUCGCCACGGCAGCAUCGUCAUUAAGGGCGGCAGUGUCAUCGGCAAGGGUUUCAACAACUUUCGCCCGGGCUACGACGGCGCCCACAUCAAUUCCUGCCAGACUCACCCCAACAUCACUUUUCUGGAGAGAAAGCGUCUUGCGAUUGUUUUCAAGCGCAGUUCGAUUCCCAUAUCAUUCACUAGCAAAAGGCGCUUCAAGCUACCGGGUAACUAUUUGAAGCGGACCAAAGACGUCAACCGCGCCAUCGCCGAGGCCGGCGAGCGUAUGCCAAAUUCCCGACUAAAGCAGAAGCGCAUCGACGCCGUUCUGGCCGCCGAGUGGCGUUUUGGAACGUGUAAGUGCGAAGCCGGCUUGGUGGUACCAGUAUAUAAAUACGUAUCAGUAGCCAGAGCAGCAGAAAGGGCAGGUCCAGCACCAGCAGCAGCAGGUUCCGGCGUUCAGCCGCCGCAACAACAAAUUGCAGCACAAGAAUUAUAA